AUGUCGCAUACAGGUACUUUUAGGGGCACGCCCAAUAAGACUAUCGGGAGAGGAAGGCUGCCCGACUUCGAGACCUCGAGUGCCUCCCACAUCCCCCGGCCCCGUCCAGAACGUCCAGAAUCAUCCGCCGCCUCCACAACCCAUACCCCGUCCAGCGAAGUCGGAAGUGGCACCAUGAGCGCAGCCAGCAGCAGACAACGACAGAACCAGUCGAAGCGUGAUGAGGCCAUCCGCCGAAAGAUGGAGGCCGACCUCAACAAGAAGAGGCACAACCCGACCAAGGCAAGAAAUUCCCGCAAGGCCCCGCCGGGUACUGUGCUCGCCCUGAAGCCCAGCCAGGCACUUCAGAUCAAGCCCACGCUCAGCAUUGCGGAAGCCGCCCAGCUGAUGGCUGCGAAGCGUGAGGAUUGCGUGUUGGUUACCGACGAUGAUGAGCGAAUUGCCGGUAUCUUCACUGCGAAGGACUUGGCCUUCCGAGUGGUUGGCAUGGGCCAGAAGGCGCGAGAUGUGACCGUCGCGGAGAUUAUGACCAAGAACCCCCUGUGUGCGCGAACAGACACAAGCGCUACCGACGCUCUCGACCUGAUGGUCCGCAAAGGCUUCAGACACUUGCCGGUCAUGGACGAAAACCAGGACAUCUCCGGUAUUUUGGAUAUCACCAAGUGCUUCUACGAUGCGAUGGAGAAGCUGGAGCGUGCCUAUAGCUCGUCGCGGAAGCUGUACGAUGCAUUGGAGGGUGUCCAGACCGAGCUGGGCUCGAGCCAGCCCCAGCAGGUUAUUCAAUACGUCGAGGCGCUUCGACAGAAGAUGUCCGGCCCGACCCUAGAGACUGUCCUGGACGGCAUGCCCCCGGUGACUGUCUCCGUGCGAACCUCAGUCAAGGACGCCGCGGCAUUGAUGAAGGAGCACCACACCACUGCCUUGCUUGUUCAGGACCAAGGCUCUAUCACCGGUAUCUUUACUAGCAAGGAUAUUGUUCUUCGUGUUAUUGCCCCCGGCCUUGACCCUGCAACCUGCAGCGUGGUCCGCGUCAUGACCCCCCAUCCCGAUUUCGCUCCCUCUGAUAUGAGCAUUCAGGCAGCGCUCCGCAAGAUGCACGAUGGCCACUAUCUUAACCUGCCCGUCAUGAACGAGGGCGGGGAGAUUGUCGGCAUGGUGGAUGUGUUGAAGCUCACUUACGCUACCCUUGAACAGAUCAACACCAUGUCGACUCAGGACGACGAGGGUCCCGCCUGGAACAAGUUCUGGCUGUCAAUGGAUCACGAGUCCGACUCAAUGGUCUCUGGUAGCCAGCAGCCUCACACGCCACACCGCUCUGUUAUGAGCCCUGAUCUGACCCGAUCACAAUUCGACAACAGCGUUCUCCCGAACGAGUCCGCAUCCCACCACGGUGGUGAAGAGCAUUCCGAGGUGGCUUCCCAGCACCACCAGCACCACAAUACCGACAACGCUCCGUUCCCCUUCAAGUUCAAGGCCCCGAGCGGUCGGGUGCACCGCGUGAAUGUUCUGGCUACCUCCGGCGUUGCCGACCUCGUCACGCAGGUCACUGCCAAACUUGGUUCUGAAAUCGAGGCUGUUGGUGGCGAGGCCGUAGUCGAGGAGGGCCGACUCAGCAACACCGGAUAUGCUCUGAGCUACAUGGACAACGAGGGCGACACUGUCUCCAUCACCACUGACCAGGACAUGCUGGAUGCCAUUGAGCUCUCCCGCCGGACACACCGUGAAAAGGUCGAUCUCUUUGUCCACGAUCCCACCCAGCCUCCUAUCCCGACCAUCGUUGAACCGCAGCCGGCCAAACCCGCGACUCCCAUCAUUGAGGAGCAUAGCAGCGCUGGUGGAGAUGUGCCGUCGGAAGAGCCUUUGCUCAGCAAGCCCCAGCAGGCCUUCCCCUCGACCCACGGCCCCGAGGAGCAGUUCAUCACUGGCGUCCCCAACGAUCUCCUUCUCCCUGGCGCGAUUGUCACACUGGCCGCGGUCAUCGCUGGUGUAUUCAUCCUGAGCCGUCCUACCGGCCGUUAA